GCGCAUUUUCCAGGCCCGAGGAGAAUUUCCCUCACAGCCGACGAGGCUGUGUUCUCCCUGCGUUCCCAAGAAUCGUCGCGUAGCUUCGUCGAGCGAACGAGAGCCAACGAACUUCUCCUCUACGACUAAGUACAUCUCUUUUCGCAUUUCUUUACUCGCUUAAUUUUUCCUCGCAAGAAUGUACAAAAUCGUGAAAAAAGGCGAUGCCAGUCUACAAUACACGAUCCUACCACAAAGUGAUCAAUUCACUUCGAAUGGAUUACCACAUACAACAACGAUGAUUAACGCGAACAGAAAAUCUCGAUCGAGAAUCAUCAAGUGUACGAUAUGUAUGCUUUUGCUGGUCGUAUUGUCGUGCGUUGCGACGCCAUUCUUGAUCAAUCAGAACGAUCAUAAUCUCUUUGCCGGUACGAUACUGGUUAUGGGUAGGGUCGGCUACGAAACAACAACAACGACGACGACGGCGACGACGGCAACGGCAACUGCGACGGCGAUGACGACGAUGACGACGACGAUGACGAGUAGCUCGUCGAUGACCAGUAGCACGUCAACGACCACCGAAAACGCGUUGAAAAGUGAUAAGGUCAGCGAAGAAGAAGAGGAAGAAGAAGAAGAAGAAGAGGAGGAAGAAAUAAUCGAAAAGAAUAGAUACCAAGUUCCAAUCACGACGACGAGGCCAAGGACAACGACCAUGAUGACAACGUCGACUAGUGCUUCUUUAAAAAAUAAAGAUUUUAACGAUCAAACGAUGUCGAUCGAUUCAUUCAGGAAUGACGAUUUUGAAUCUGCCGAUACUAUAUCUCCAGAAGACACUGUUAUGGAGGAAGCAAAAAUUCCGACUGAUUCGUCGAUAAAUACACGACAAACGAGUUCUUAUUCGAGUUCUCAAUCUUCCUCAUCCUCGACUUCAUCCUCGGAAUCCUCAAAGUUCUUGUUAAGCAGCAUCGAACCUUCAGAAAUGACGAAAACAUCGUCUGGUAUGGCUAGGAUGGGAAAGAUGCCACGAGUGACCUUGAAGUUACGAGAGAACGAAACGAUACCACAAAUGUAUAUGAAAGCUGGUAUAGCCUCCUAUAAAAAAGGAAAUAUUACAACGAGCGUUCUUGCACAUGGAUUAAGUCUAGAAGGUUUGAUCUUUAAAACACCAGAAGGAACGAUCAAGCCAUGGACACAAAAAUGGUUCUUUUCUGAUCCUUCUUCAGAUUUUCAAUGGAAGGGUUCAAAUCAGAUACCAGUGUCGAUGUACGUCCUUCUAGCAGGAUUGGCAGGAUUAGCGAGUCUAAGCAUCGUCUUAAUGAUUUACGUCCAACGAAAGGUGUUUCGACGGCAACGGCACGACAUUGAGGAACCAAAAAUGGAAGUACAGGAAGAAGACAAAUCAACGUUAUUGGGCACUGAUAAUCACGAGAUCGAAGAUAAGGAAUAAUUAAGAAAUGAUCAGGAAAAACUACGUUGAUCGUUGACCUCGCGACUGAACUUUCAACUAAUUUUUUAAAGGACGCAUUUCUUUAAAAAGACGCACACAUGACGACGAUGACGAUUUUAGAAAGAACGAAAGAGAGAGAGAGAGAGAGAGAGAGAGAGAGAGAGAGAGAGAGAGAAAGAGAGAGGAAGAGUAUAGAUUUUCUAAUAACUAUGUCUACCGCGUUUAGAAUAAUAACAGGACGAAAAUGAGAUUUGAAUCGUUUCAAUCUCUUCACUACGACGAUCUUAUUGAGACUGGAUAAAUAGUUAUCGAUCUUUUUCCGAUAUAUUAGUUUAGUUAUUCGUUUCGUUGGAUCUUUCCACGAAGAGGACUCAUUUUCUUAUAACUAUAUUAUAAUGUUUUUCUAUAUUUUCUAAAUAAUAACGAUUUCAAUUUCCAAGAGAACGAAAGAAAAGUACAUGUAUAUGUAUAUGUACGUAUGUAUGUAAUGUACGUAGAGGAUAGAGCAUACGAUUCCGUACAAAAAAUAAUGUUCGAUGUGUUUUCGAGAAUAAAAUGAGGUAAUGAGGAAGACACGAUGAUUAGAGUAAAAAAAAUAAAAAUAAAAAAAAAAAGAAAGAAAAAAUAGUGAGGGGUAGGAGGGAAAGGAAAAAAAAUAAGGAAUAUAAAAAGAGAGAUUAAAUGAUGUCAUAAGUAACGCAAUAGAGCAGUAGCAGAAGAAAAAGACGGUUAUAGUUUCUAUUUUGAAGAUUAUAUUUUUUUAACUUCAUUCAUUUCGAUUUCCAGAUACGCGCACGGACUUAUAUCUAUGUCGAUUAGGUGCGCUAUGUGUGUAUAUGUAUGUUAUGUAUGUAUGUAUGUAUGUAUGUAUGUAUGUAUGUAUGUAUGUAUGUAUGUAUGUAUGUAUGUGUGUAUGUAUGAUGUGUAUAACAUAUGUGAGAAUGUGUUUGUGCUUCGAGUGUGUGUAUUUGUUGCGUGUACGCGUGGGUGUGUUCAAUGACGCCCAUCUUUUCGUAUCUCGUAGCAGAUGGAUCGUAAAAUAAUUUUUUUCUUUGCCUCCUACGAAUCUUUCGCGAGAUUUUUUACGCGUUUUAUAAUCGAUGAACGAAUGAACGAACGAACGAACAAAGAUAUGGGAUACAUGUAGUACGAAUACACACAUACACACGCUCGGAAGCAUACGCGUACGCGCAUGCAUACAUAUAUACACAUAAACGUAUACGCGGACAUAUGUAUAUCAAUACUCCUAUGAAUUUUACGCGAAAUGCUUCGCAAGGGGCACAUGAAAUAUUUGUAUUACGAUCGUCGAUUUCGAAUACGAAAAGUCGGCCAUCGUUUACUAAACUCGUCACUUCGUAUAUGUAUGUAUAACAAAUAGGGUGCUUCGUACAUCUACUCGAUCGUUAAAAAAUAAAUAUAUAAAUAAAUAAAUAAAUAAAUAAAUAAUAAAAAUAAAAAAAAAAAUAAAAAAAAAUAUUACGAACGCCAUGCUUCUCGACGAACGUAUGAAAGGAUCAUUUUAAAAUACGUAUAUGGUAUAUUCAUGCGUAUAUAUAUAUAUAUAUAUAUAUAUAUAUAUGUAUAUAUAUAUAUAAACACACAUAUACAUAUAUAUGUAUGCGACGUAUACUCUCCUGUGAUUGAUUGUUUUGAUGAGUGUGAAUGUAUGGUGUGUAUAAUUUAUAUACAUAUAUACGAGUAUUCUAGUGACGAGAUAACAGGUAACGAGAAAACGUUUCUUCAAUUGCUUUUCCAACAUGACCGAACGAACAAACACUAGCAUUUUUUAAAACAAAAAGAAAAGAAAUACAAAUAGAAAUAUGUAUAUAUAUAUUUCUAUAUAUAUAUAUAUAAAAUAUAUGAACAUAAUAUUUUGAUUGGUAAUAUAGAAUGGACAAAGGGCAAUCGAUUCUCAGUACUAAUCUCGUUGCAAACCUAAUUAGCUUAGGUAGGCAAAACAAUUGUGUGUACAUAUAUAUUUAAUUAACAUUAACGUUGUACGUAUAUCUCGAUAUCGCGCAUUAUUGGAGCACGGUGCAUUUAUUAUCGGGGAGGAUCUGGAUCGGCCGAUGGAAUUAGCUGAUUAGGGGCCUAUGAAUGUAUACAAAAAGAAAAUAAAACAUUAAAAAAAAAAAAUAAUACCAGAAACCUGUUAAAAAACAAACAAAGAAAAAGAUGUCGGUAA